UUUUACACGUGAACGACAAGUGUGACGUCGCUCUUAGUUUCAAAUUGUGCAUGUUGAAAGCUAUGCGUAAUUAUCCCUGAAUCAAUUUAUAUUUUAUCUAUUUGCACUUGUCUAUUACCGCAAAAAUUACAGAGGAUUAAAAGAAUAUUUCAUUAUUCCCACCUUUUAUCGCUACCUUUCUCCCUAAUAGCGUUCAAAUAGGACUAAUAGCGACAUACGAUAAAAUUAAUCAAUCGGAAACGUAGAUACAGAUUGACACGCGUUCUAGAACAAUUAGAUUGCACAUUCGUCGGAUAGUUGCAAUUGUUGUUCCUUCGUGCAGUGUCGACAAGUCGCGUACAUGUUCGGUAAAAAGUUGAGAAACUCGUCGACCGGGAUUUCGAAAUCUCAGGUAUUAGUAAGUUUUGUUUGGCGGAGACUUCUAGUUCUUGGUUCGACAUUUGGAAUCGCUGUACUUUUAUUCUGGUCAUGCUACAUAUUUUUCAAUAUGUUAAACUACAAGAUUAUGGAUACCAAUGCCUUUUCUAAAAGAAUAACAAAUUACACGUAUAUUGAAAAUAUGUCGGAAUUUCAACAAUCUUUGGAUGGAAUGAUCGAGGAAAGAAAAGUGUUGGCGAGCCCGUAUUGCCAGAUUAAUUCAUGCGACACGAUAAUUUGCAUAUCCAUCCCGAUAGAGGCUAAUAUCGAAAAAGUGGUGUCAACCUAUAUUGAGAAUGAUUUUAAGGCAAACUGCAAGAAUGCGAAGUCGGUGAAAUUGUUGAUCAAAGAUUGCGAAUUCUCGGACAACACGCUUCGAAAGAAUUGGCUGAGCAUCAACUUGUCGAUCGAUGAGUUAACAUUGAACCACUGCUCCCUCAAGGAAAUAGAGGACGACGCGUUUGCCUCGUCCAUUUUCGAAAAAACGAGCAGGAUCAUCAUCGUCAACAACAAGAUCUCUUAUUUGCGCAAGGCGAUGUUUCGUCACCUCGAAGCAUUGCAAGAGCUGAGCAUACAAGAGAACAUAAUCAAGUCGGCCGAAUUUAAUCUGCUCGAGGAGGUCGCGGGUUCUUUGACCAACCUGGAACUGUGCCAAGCUAUCAACGAUCGAGAAGUGCUUAAGAACAUAACGGGCGCGGGCGAGUUGUUCAAGUUAAAAUUGUUAUCAUUAUACGGAAACGUUAUAUCCAGGAUCGACGAGAAAUUGUUCGCAGGGGUGUCAAGAAUCGAGUCGCUCUUCCUGCACGAUUCCAACAUCGCGACAGUGUCCCGUGACGUCUUAAAACCGAUUUCGUCCGUAUUGCUCUUGACAUUGAACAGAAACAAGAUAACGUCAUUGCCAGAGGGACUGUUGGAUUCGGCGAUCAGCUCCGCUAAAUCUUUCCAUAUAUACGUGAAAAAUAAUCCUUGGCACUGCGAUUGCAAGUUAAAAUGGAUGCAAGACUUCAUAGAGGAUCAUUCGAGCAUGAUAGACAAUCCAACUUGCGACACGCCACCGAUGAACGCUGGAAAAUCAUUCGCUGUAGCGAAUUUCUCUUGCGACGAGUCGUCCAUUACCAUCCCUACCACGAUAAUAAAUAGCUCACCAGGAUCUAGCGAACACAGUUGGAAUCAAAAUAACCGCACUUCGACCCCUCGAAUAUCUACCACCACCGACAACGACAAAAUCAUCCGUGUCACUUGUAACGCUACCGACACGUUCCUACAAACUUACAACUCGCGCAAGUUGCAGUCGACAGACGUUCAAUUCUACCCCCGAUUUCCCAAUUUCUACGUCUCCAAGAUCCUAGACACCAGCAUACUGGUGAACCUUCCCAACCAAUCCGGUGUCACUCUGCUCUGGUUCGACAAUAAUAACGUGUACGACUCUAUCAGAUGCGCGAAAAAUGCGAAACGGUCUUAUCUCGUGGAGGAUAUCGAUCCGCAGGCGUCGUACACAGUCUGUUUGCUCGACGAUAACGGGAAAUUUAUAUCCCCGUUGAAUUGCUUGGCCGUAACUACGAGGGCAGCUUACGAGUCGAGGACCUGGUUGACGAACGCUGACAAAACACUCGUCCUUUCGUUAUCGAUCGCGUCGUUGCUCCUGCUCUUCUUCGUGGGCGGUUUCCUCUCGUUUCUGCUGAUAAGGCGACACCCGACGUUGCUACGAGGCAGCAAACGCGUGAUGCUGGUGAAACGUUGGAACGUGGACGCCAUCGUGCUUCCCAAAGGUGUCGACGUGAACGAGAAGUGGAAGAGGCGGCGGUCGUACGUGGCCAAGUCGCACGAGGAUGGAUACGUUACGCCAUUGCCACCGAUUGGGAUUCCUCGACAUCUAGCAUCUAGAACGAGCUCGCAGAGCGAUAGAAAUAGUUACGUGUCGCCGAUGGAGACGACUGAGACUCAAUCGUGUUUGGGUUGGGGGCUGGAGAGACGGAAGUCGAUCGCUCCUCCAGUUCCGCCUCAUCCUUCCCGCAUGAUUCCAUCCGUUUCACAAACCGAUUCCAAAUACGAGCGUGGCUACGAAGUAUUCACGAUCUAAUUUAAUUUUCGUGAUAUUCGAUACUUAUUAUUGGACCGCGACCUGUUUUACAAGAAUUAAACGAUGAUCUCGAAUCUCGUUUACUUGGGCUUCUUACACGUGCACGUUUCGCAACGCGAGAGCGCGCGAUGGUUCAGCGUUUCUCAACGUGGAACGUUUCAACGUUUUGUUGACUUUGCUAUUAUUAUUAUUAUUCUAGAAGAAUGUAUAAUGAAAAGCAUUGUUCGAUUGUUGAAAAACGUACGAUACAAUUACAAUAAUGUAAUCAGAAAUAGGAAAUAUAAGAAAAUAGUUAUUUUUCCACAGAGAUUGGAAAAGUGAUCGAUGUUUGACGAGCAGAAACAAAGAAAUUCGUUUCGUCUUAUUGAAAGGUAUAAUUUUCCACGUAAAAAUACGUGACAAUCGGAACGGAUCCCUCGAUGAUACACACUCGGUGUCGAUCGAAGAAAAAUGACCGAUCGUUAGUUGAGAAACGCUAAGUCGGCCCUCGUUCUCGCCUCGUCGGAUCGACUUUCGUUAAAUCUGGCGGACAGCCCAAAGAUACGCGUGUCAAUGUCAAUAUUUCAACGAUCCCCUAUUAUAACCAGAAUGAAAGAGGUUGCUCUCGAUCGAUGAAAAUAAAAAAAAAAAAAAUCUGAA